GGGAGGAGGAAAAAUCAGACGCAGAAGAAAGGAGUGCACACCGCAGCUGGAGCUUGCAGAUGUGCGUUGCUCCAAACAGCACGGGAAGGGUCCUUUGCACCAGAUCCCUUCCCCACCUGUGACGGGGGGACCCCUCUCCUUGCCCGCCCAUACAAAUUGACCUCCCUUAUCGGAACGCCCGAGCACUGCAUGAGAAAAGGGUGUCUGAGUGCGGCAGAGUGAGUUUGGAUUUAUUUUGUUUCCAGGAUCAGUACGUGCACACCCUAGGCCCUGGCGUACCAGUGCUGACUGCUGACCAGCCGGUCCCGAACCAGACCCUUCAGGAGGGAAAACCGGAGUCGUCUGUGGCCAUGGGGAUUGUGGACGCACCAGCUUUUGCAAUCUGACAGAGGCGGGUGAAAGCAAGUUGAGGGAAAAGACAUUCCCCUGAAGAGGAGCAGGAGAACAGUCCUCCAGCCCUGUCUGCGCUAGGUAAAGGACAGCCAGCCACGCCACUUGCUUUAGCCUAAAAACACCCCCCCCAAGCCCCGGAGACACACUUGCAGUUGAACUGAUUUUCCAGCAUGGACAUCAAGGAGUAUUUUGCCAGAAUUUCUUAUCAGGGCUCCUAUGCUAAGCCAGACCUGGCUACCUUGACGGAUAUAUUCCAGCACCACAUCCGAGCGGUCCCUUUUGAAAACCUCAGCAUCCACUGUGGGGAAAGCAUUGAGCUGGACCUGGAAGCGACUUACAACAAGAUAGUGAGGAAAAAACGCGGGGGCUGGUGUAUGGAAAACAACCACCUCUUAUCUUGGGUCCUGAAAACCCUUGGCUACCACGUCACCCUGCUGGGAUCAAAAGUUUAUGUCCCGGAGUACAAUGCGUAUGCAGAUGAAAUCGAUCAUCUGCUCCUAAAAGUGGUGCUUGACAACAAAUCCUACAUCGUGGACGGGGGGUUUGGGAUGUCCUACCAGAUAUGGCAGCCAAUGGAGCUGGUUUCGGGGAGAGACCAGCCGCAGACUCCUGGGGUCUUUCGCUUCCUGGAGGAGAGCGGGGUCUGGUACCUCGAGAAGGUGAAAAGGAAGCAGUGGGUUCCCAACCAAAGCAUCUCCACUUCCCAUAACACGGAAAAAGAAGUUUGCCGGCGGGUUUAUCUCUUUACCCUUCAACCACGAGACAUCGAAGAGUUCAGAGCCCGCAACACCCACCUGCAGACAGCGCCGGACUCGCUGUUUGUGACAAAGUCUAUCUGCAGCCUGCAGACCGCCGAUGGCAUCCGGGCUCUGGUGGGGUGGAAACUCACUGAGAUAAAGUACAAUUAUAAGGAUAAUAUGGAUCUGGUGGAAAUCAGAAUCCUUGCAGAUGAAGAAAUGGAGAAAACACUGAAAGAGCAAUUCAAUAUAACACUAGACAAGAAAUUUGUCCCCAUCAAUACUAGCAGGUUGUCUCUGUUUUAACUCACUGCUUGAAUUAUAAUUCAAUCCAGUGGCAUUACGUGCAAUCCUUCCCCCUAUUUCUGCCUAGCAUCUAAAGGUUAAGCUUUCUCUUUCCAUCUACAAGUGUAAGGCAGAACAUAUUAGCAUGAAUCUGGAAAAGAAAUUGAUUUUCACAACUGCUCCUGCAUCUUUCUUUGGCUUGGGUACAAAUAAUUUCUUCCUAGCUCAGUCAAAUCACUCCCCUUCUGUUUGUGCUUAGCUGGAAGCAGACUCUGCCCAUUCCCUACUCCUUUCAUCUCUUAAAAGCUUUUCCAAAUACACCCAGAGUAGCAGGGCAGAGCGAUGGAGCUGUGUGUCUCUUUCUUUAUUACUUUGCGCUGGGGAAAAUCAUACCCACCUCUUAAAUGAAUACCAUAUUAUUUUGGAAUUUAAUAGCCAGAAAAAAACAAAGAUGUCAAGCGCCAAGUUUGCUACAGUGAAGCCGUGAGCCUGUCCUUUUUCCUCUUGCGUUCACAACACGCUCUCACGUGGCAGUCGGACAGUCCCGUGCCUGUGCCGUACUGUGUGAAUACUUACGGAUGGGCUAUUUAUGGCCUAAAACUGAUGGUGGGAAAUAUUAACGGACAAUUCUGUCUGGUUUCAGACAUUACAUGACUCCCGUUCUCUCGGUGCCAUGACCAAAGAGCGGAGUUUCUUUGAACUGAAAGCAUCUCCCAUGCAUUUUGUUUGCUCCCACCCAGCAGCAGAUGCUGGGAGUACACACUCCGCUCCUAAGACUCUACUCUGAGUGUUAUUGCACAUUAAUUAUCGUGUCUGAACUCAAACACAUGCGCAGAAUUAUUUUUCUGAAACAUAUCUGUUCUGCUGAGGAUGUGUUUACAGUGAUACUAAUUAUAUUGAUAUAAGGAGAAACGAUGAAUCUUAAUCAGAUACCUAAAGGCUAAGAUUUUUAGUGUGAGAAAUUACUCAAAUGUAAUCAAUUUGCCCUUUGAGAUGAUGCUUGAUGUUCCUUUAUGUACAAAUCAUGGAAGUAUUACAACUAUGCACUUAUAAUUAAGAAAAUUAUAUAAAUGAAUUAUUUAAAUAAAAAAAUCAGGAAUUGUGAAGUAGAACUAUUCAGCUGUUUUUUCCCCAAAUUACAACGUGUAUCCCCA